AUGGCGUAUGCAUCUCGCGUAAUGAAUCACUCGAAGAAGCUGAGAGAUGUUCCCAGCAUAUUGCGAUACAGACAUGGAAGCUUGGUUCGUUGGUUCUCGAAUGAGGCUCUUGGUAAAAGAGAAGAUAUUUUGAAGGCUCGCAAUCAAGUAUAUGUGACUGCAGAGGAAGCGAGUUUCUCUUGUACUGCCAAUGGCCCCGUGUCAUCCUUGGGUAUUUUCAAGAGAAACGUUUCAACCAUGACCAUGAGAUCAGGAAGUCCGAUGCUUGCGCCAUUUUCUUGCUCACAAGUACACUCCAGGAGAGCCUUUUCAACUGAUUCAGCUCUACCUCCACAUCAGGAGAUUGGAAUGCCGUCUCUCUCACCAACAAUGACAGAGGGGAACAUAGCAAGAUGGCUAAAGAAAGAGGGCGAAAAAAUCUCGCCAGGUGAAGUGCUCUGUGAAGUGGAAACUGAUAAAGCAACUGUUGAAAUGGAAUGCAUGGAAGAGGGUUAUCUUGCAAAGAUUGUAAAGGGAGAUGGAGCCAAAGAAAUUAAAGUUGGUGAGAUCAUAGCAAUUACUGUUGAGGACGAGGAAGACAUUGGAAAGUUUAAGGAUUACAGCCCUUCAGCUUCAGGAGCGGAUGCUGCACCACCUAAAGAGCCAUCAUCCUCCGCUCCUCCUCCUCCACCAGCAAAAGAAGCUGUUGAGGAACCAGAUCGUUCUCCAGCACCAAAGACCCCCAAGCGCACUCCAGCAUCUUCUGAAGAUCGCAUUUUUGCUAGCCCUCUGGCAAAGAAAUUGGCUGAAGAACGCAAAGUAUCUCUAUCAGAAAUCAAAGGAACAGGUCCUGAUGGAAGAAUUGUGAAGGCUGAUAUUGAAGAUUACUUGGCUUCAAGUGGCAAGGAAGUUUCUGCGGCAACACCAAAGACCAAGGCCGGUGUGGCAGAUGCUGCUUUGGAUUAUGUUGACAUCCCCCAUACUCAAAUUAGAAAGGUCACUGCUGCACGCUUAUUACUGUCGAAGCAAACUGUUCCUCACUAUUACUUAACCGUUGACACACAUGUUGAUAAACUUAUGGAACUGCGCAGCCAACUCAAUUCGUUGCAAGAGGCCACGGGUGGGAAGCGGAUAUCUGUAAAUGAUCUUGUCAUCAAGGCUGUGGCUUUGGCCCUUAAGAAAGUUCCACAAUGCAAUAGUUCAUGGAAUGAUAACUAUAUCCGCCAGUAUAAGAAUGUAAAUAUCAACGUAGCUGUGCAAACAGAUAACGGACUAUACGUUCCAGUUAUUAGGGAUGCAGACAAGAAAGGUUUGUCAGCAAUAGGCGAAGAAGUCAAAAACUUGGCCCAAAAAGCCCGGGACAACAGCUUGAAGCCAGAAGAUUACGAGGGAGGAACAUUUACUGUAUCUAAUUUGGGUGGGCCUUUUGGCGUCAAGCAAUUCUGUGCCAUUGUGAAUCCUCCACAGGCAGGAAUUCUAGCUGUUGGUUCAGCUGAGAAGAGGGUAGUGCCCGGCUCUGGCCCCGAUGCCUACUCGUUUGCAUCGUUCAUGGCAGUGACACUAAGCUGUGACCAUCGGGUUAUUGAUGGCGCCAUCGGUGCAGAAUGGCUCAAGGCAUUCAAGAGUUACAUUGAGAAUCCGGAGUCGAUGUUGCUGUAA